GGGAAAUCAUAGUCUAUGGUGAAGUUGGUCACCAUGAGUUCCAGUGCAACUAGUGGAUAUUUGUGGAGGAAAAAGAAAAUGUGUUGUAAUAAUGGCCGGGACUAACGUUGGAGAGCAGCUUGGAGCACAGCUUAUGAAAGCUGCUCAAAUUAUGGAGGAGCAUAUCGACAAUGAAUUGAAUAGGCUUGAUCAUAUGGAUGAAGAUGAACUCGAAAUAAUACGCAAGCGGCGCAUGGAAGAGUUGAAGAAAAUGCAGAAAGCGAAAGCAGAGUUGCUUGCACAUGGACAUGGGAAAUAUGAAGAAGUGGCAGAUGAAAAAGAGUUUUUCGAAGCGACAAAGAAGAGCAAGAAUGUUGUGUGCUUAUUCUAUCUUAAUAGCAACAUGAGAUGCAAAAUUGUCGACAAGCACUUUCAAAUACUGGCUCCAAAACACAUUGGAACACGCUUUAUCCAUGUAAACGCUGAAAAGGUCCCAUUUCUGGUUACUCGUCUCAAUAUUCGGGUCAUACCCACGAUUGCUAUAAUCAAAGAGCAGCAAACUAUUGAUUACAUCCGAGGUUUUGAUGAUUUAGGAGGAGUUGAUGAUUUUAAGACCGAGACCUUGGAACGUCGCUUAGCGCAGUCCGGUGUCAUCAAAGUCGACAAACCUAAAGUUGAACAGCCAACGAAGAAGAUCAUACGGUCAAAUGUUCCAGCCGAAGACUUUGAUGAAGAUUGGUAGAUGUGUCUAUAGCUCGUUGAUUGCAACUUUGACUUGACUAAGGCUAUAACCGCUUCUCGAUCUCCAAUGCACGGUGUUGCUAUUUUUGGUACAACCCUAAAAUUAUUAUAACAUGGCAAGAUUUCUCUGUGAUUUGAUCAAAGCUGCUGCUUUUCUUCUCUCAGGUCUACUCCACUGUAACUCGAUGCACGAUAAAGUUUAUAG